AAGAAAUAAAAUACAUACGAAAACAAUAAAGUCAACAGACUUUGCAAACAACAAUGGCAGCUCCAGUUGUUGUUGCAAGACCUCCUGGAGUAACUGAAGAUGACGAAGAAUGGUUAUAUGGCGGAGAUCAAGAAAACAAGGAACCAGUAGCACCUGGCACGGGGCCAGAAGCUGUUCUGCCAGUACAAAGUUCAGAAAAGGAAGAUGGAGAAAUGAGUACAUCACAAUCACAAUCCCAAGACAAGGGGGAUGAUGAAAAUGAUGAUGACGAUGAUUCAGAUGAUGAUGAUGUGCAAGUUACUAUUGGAGAUAUAAAAGCAUUUUCAGUAACAAGUGGUGGUGCCCUGUUCAAGCCUGGAGGAACCUAUCAGAAGCAGCCAGUCAUUGCCUCUGGUCAGAAGAGUGGAGCCAAUGCCCCAGGGGCCAAGGGUGUGGAUGUAGAGGCUGAGGGGCAGGUGAACGGCAUCAGCCUGUAUGAGUUCAGUCUCGACUCUCUACGGGAGGAAGACAAACCAUGGCGGAAACCAGGUGCUGAUAUCACGGACUAUUUCAACUACGGAUUUAAUGAGGACACUUGGAGGAAGUAUUGUCAGAAGCAGAACAGACUCAGAUUUGAAAAUGGUGUGCCCAUUCCAAAGGCUUUCCAGGCUUAUGCCAGUUUACAUAACAGUGCUCCAUCUCAAAUAGUGAAAAUGGAAGAUCAAGGUCCCAAGUCUACAUACAAGCCGAGUGUGAUGUCCACCCCACAGCCAAUAGGAACUAUAGCUGUGUUGGGGUCCACAGCCGCCUCACGGCGACCCAUCGAGGAGCAGCUGAACGAUGUCCACCAGAUAGGAACUCUUGGCAGCGAUAUGUCGAAGCCCCCUCCUGGAAUGCCGCCCAUGGGUAUGCAUGCCCCUGACUUCAGUGUGCCACCCCCGGGAAUGCCACCUCCGGGAAUGCCAUUACCCCCAGGAUUCUCUCCAGCUGUACCUCCCCCUGGGAUGUCACUGCCCCCACCAAACAUGUUCAGUCAACCACCACCACCUUUUUUCUCGAAUAUUGCGCCCCCAUCUAGUAUGCCGUACACGUUUGACACAACGCAGCCACAACCUACAUACAGCGACUCGAGAUAUGAAUCCAGGGAUCGUGAUCAUGACCCGUACAGAGAAAGGGACACCAGAGACCGGGAUAGUGAUGGUAGUGAUGACUACAAGUACAGCACGAGAUCUCGAGAUCAUGGCAGCACCAGGGAGUAUGAAAGCAGGGACUACUAUCGAGAUUCGAGGCAGACUCGAGAACGAUCUCGCGAAAGAUCCCGAUCCCGAGACAGAGACCGACGCCAUCGUGACAGAGACAGGGAUGACAAGAAAUCUAAGAGGAAAAUCAAGGAUGAGCCUGAUGACUCGGACUACUAUAAAUCCUCGUCUUCGUCCAAACACAAAAAGUCAAAGCGGUCCAAACGAGAAAAGGAUGGUGACUCUACUGACAAACCAGGCGAAUCAUGAAACUUUACCGUCAAUGAAGAUGUUCUGUACCUAGUACAAGAUACAAACUUGCUCUUGUUUUGGUUAAGAUGAUAUCAGUUCAUCAUAUGAGCUACGUUCUGGAAAAGCUGGGCGUAAUUCAUGUGCGUAAACUGUUGUCCCUAAUUAGCCUGUGCAGUCUGUACAGGCUAAUCAGGGACAACACUUUUGUCCUACUCUGUAUAUUCGUUUAAGAGACCUCGUUAAAAUGAAAAUUCCAUAAAACCUGAAAGUCUUGUCCCUGAUUAGCCUAUGCAGACUAUUUUGUGUUUAUUAUGUUUUAACAUGCAUAUAUAUCAUAAUGUUGUCAUUUGUCUCACCAUUACACUGUUUUCAAUGAACAGAUAUUAGAGAAUUCAUCACAAGGGAUGCAUAUUCUUUGCAUUUGUGUUGUUAGUGAUUUUCUUUCUACGAAAGUAAUAAAAGAGUAUGAAUGUU